CAAGUUGAUAAAGCUCGGAUUGUUAAGUUUUUGUUCUGCUCAUUUUGAUCAUGUGGAGGUUCAAGCAGUUCAUGCCAAAAGAACAAGCUGGCCUGGAAGGUCGCACAGUUGAUGUUGGCAGUCUGAAAGUCCAUGUCCGAAAUGUCAUAGCGGAAGGGGGAUUUUCCUGUGUCUACCUCGCCCGUGAUGCUGUAAACUCAUCCAAGCAAUAUGCACUGAAGCACGUGAUUUGUCAGGAUGGGGAGUCAUUGGAUCUGGUAAUGAAGGAGAUUUCAGUGAUGAAGCUGCUCAAAGGGCAUCAUGUUGUCAUGCUUGUUGCGCAUGCGAUCCUGGUGGGUCGGACGAUGGAGGCAAUGCUUGUGAUGGAGUUCUGUGAGAAGUCAUUGGUUACAGUGCUGGAGAACAGAGGGGCAGGAUACUUUGAGGAGAAGAAGAUUCUUUUGAUUUUCCGAGAUGUUUGCAAUGCAGUGUUUGCCAUGCAUUGCCAGUCUCCACCAAUUGCACAUAGAGAUCUGAAAGCUGAAAAUGUUCUACUUGGAGCUGAUGCUUGGAAAUUGUGCGACUUUGGUAGCACCUCAACCAAUCACAAAUGUGGGAUCUAUACAGAAGGGAAGUUAAUCAGUGAGAAAAGUAGACAUUUGGGUUUGAAAUGUUGUUGGUCUGAUACAAGUUUAAAGAAAAAAUAUGUUUAUGCCAAGUAUUUGAGGCAUUAUCACCUUACUAGUAACAACAUAGUGCAUCACAGUUGUGUUUGUGGUGAUCCAAGGGAAAUGUACUCUGAUAACCUAGCUCUUGGAUGCCUACUGUACAGAAUUUGCUACUUUAAAUCUGCAUUUGAUGGCGAAUCAAAGCUUCAAAUCCUUAAUGGAAAUUAUCGCAUCCCAGAUUCACCAAAGUUCAGUGCUUCUGUGACGAGUCUUAUUAAAGACAUGCUUGAAGCCUCUCCAGAUGCCAGACCAAACAUCACGCAGGUAUGGUCCCGUGUUAAUGAGCUACUGCCGGCAGAGCUGCAGAAGCGCUUGCCUGGUGGGUCUACAUCUGCUUUAAAUGUUGACUAUGCCCACCUGCAGCAGAUGUGCAGGAUGAAGAUCCAUGUGGGAAUUCGAGAGAGAACAUCGGCAUGCCUCAUAGAGCCCUCCACCUCCACACCAUCAAGAGAACACAUUCAGUACUCGCAUUCAUCAGCUUCAAAGGUCUGCUGGGAUGGCGCACACUUGGGUGCGUUUUGGACCAGCCAGCUUGUGCAAGAUUUGCACACUGAAGAGGAUAAGGGACCAAUAUUUGACAAAGAACCAGCUAGCAAAAUGGCAUCCAAGCACAAUCAAAGAAAACCUGAGAAUAGAGCUAGUCCUCCAAAAGAACAGCAUCUCCAACGGAGUGUCCGUAGGAACUCUCCAGAGAGAUUUGACACUGCCCCAACUGAGGACUUUGAAAUACGAUUUUCUCCUGGUGGCUCAGAGCAAGGUUUAGAAACCAGAGCAUCUGAUCCUGAUGGUAUAGCCAGCUUUCAGGACAAGGCAUUCAGCACAUUUGUGGCUGAGUUUGAUACCAGUAAGCACCAGUCUGCAAAUGCUGCUAGUAAUGUUAACGAUAAGAGUAGAUUAGGGGACAAGGGUUUGGAAGCAGAGUUAUGCAGGCUGAAGGAAGAGCUGAAGCAAGCUAACAUGGAAAAAGAAGAAAUAACAUCGAAAUAUGAAAAGUUGUCUGCCAUUUGCCUCCAGAGGCAGGAGAUCCAGGAGCUGAAGCGUGCCCUCGCUGCCAGCAACUCAUCACCUGCAGGCAAAGACGGUUCAAAGGCCCAGACAUCUCCUGGAAGCACGCAGUCGGAUACUCCGCCAAGGGAGAAGAUAGGAUCGGUGUGGGAACUCCAGCAAGGUAUGUUUGCCGAUAGCCCUGCAACACCCAGCCCAGAUCCCAAGCCGUGGCAGGCAUUUGCCGAAGAGCCAAGGUGCAGCACACCAAAGAGCAUUCACCCUAGAUCAGUUCGAACAGUUAGGGCAGCCAAUGGCAGCAGAGAUACUACCAAGCAAGCCGCCACCUAUUCCGCCAAUGAACCAUGGGGCUUUGACAAUGAUAGUUUCAGGGCAGUCCCUUCUGGGUCGGAGUGCCGAGGACAUCGGUUCAAGGGAAUACUUCACAGCGGUUCGGUGGCGGCCGUGAAAUGAGAAGGCUGAAGCCAACCAGCCAGCUGGAUGGGCUGGUUUCUGAGGUAUCGGUACAGACGGAGAUUUUAUAGUUACUGCUGUAAUUGUUAUAAAUAAGCUUUAUAUAUAAGUGGGGAUGAGGAUGUUGGAGGGGUGACGCAGGUGUCUGGCAUCAUUUAUCCUUGUGGAUGAAAAAGGAGCAGGGAGAGGGACAUACGGCAUCUAACCUGAUUCUGGAGGGGAGUUGCCUGGCAUUGGUGGGGGCUAGAACAGACGGGAGCCGCGUUGUUCGGCUCUUUUACUCAUAUCCUGGGGCCCGUCCAUUUUUCUCAUGUGUAAUGUAAUUGAAGUGGUCCUCAUAAAUGGUUCUCGUGUCAGUAUUAGUUCUCUUACAAGCUAUCGCAGCUAUUUUCAUGUGGCACUCAUUGGCAUUUCUUUCAUAAAUAAAUUCCUUCUGACUCUAUUGGAGUUAAA